AUGGGCUUCUUAUACUCUCAACUCUUUGUCAAACCAAAGAACCCGACGACAUCUUUUGCUGGUCAAGUCAUCAUCGUGACAGGGUCCAACGUCGGCCUCGGCUUGGAAGCAGCUCGACACUUUGUCCGACUCGACGCUGCACGCGUGAUUCUCGCCGUGCGCAACGUCGAAGCUGGAAAUCUUGCCGCACAAUCGAUUGAACAGUCCACUGGCCGACAAGGUGUCUGCGAGGUCUGGGAGGUGGACUUGGCCUCAUACGAGUCAGUCAAGGCGUUUGGGGCACGAGCCGCCAAACUUGCACGGUUAGACGUUGUCGUCGCGAACGCUGGGAUUGCGACUACACGAUACAGCACCGCUGAGGGCCACGAGCGCAACAUCACCGUCAACGUCAUCAGCACAUUUCUACUAGCACUCCUACUGGUCCCUGUACUAAAGGCGACGGCUCAGAAAAAUGAAGGAGCAAACCCCCGUUUAUCCGUGGUGACCAGCGAGGUCCACGCAUGGACAGAUCUCCCGGAAUGGAAGACUGAUAACACGUUUGCGACGCUCGAUGACGAGACCAAGGCCAACAUGAACAUGCGCUACCCGGCUUCAAAGCUCAUUCAGGUCUUUUUGGCUCGGGAACUGGCAUCAAGAUUGGAAGGCUCGGGCGUGGUAGUCAAUAUGCUGCAACCUGGCAUGUGCCAUUCACAACUGACGCGCGAGGAUGGGUGGAUGGUUGCCGUUCUGAAACUGCUCCUAACCCGUUCAACUGAAGUGGGAAGCCGGACUCUGGUCGUGGCUUCAUCUGCUGGACCUGAGAGUCAUGAGGCUUACAUGAGAGAUGGGGAAGUGGACAAUGAUGGUCUAUCAGCUUUCGUUCGCAGCAAGGAUGGGGAAAUGGCGCAAAAGAAGCUGUGGAAAGAGUUGUCUGAGAUCCUGGAGAGUGUCUGCCCGGGUGUCACAACGCUCUGA